AUGGCACCGAAAAAAAUGACACCAGUGGGAUUUGAACCCACGCCUCCUUACGGAGAUGAGAAACCUACUGCUCGCAACGCGCGCGACUCGCUCUCCCGUGCCCGAUGUGUGCGGGCCUCCGGCCCCUCGCGCCACGAGCAGGGCCCCAGCGCAGCUCGGCUCGGCACAACCCCAGAACGCGGCAACAAGAACGCAGAACCGACACGUGCGCGCGUGUGGCACACAGCGGCCAUGGCGCCGGCGGUGGCACUGGCCAUCGGCCCAGCGCCCACGGCGGCAAAAGACAAGGCGAGGCGGGGCGGGCCCACGGUGGCACGCGGACUCCGAAACGGGGCCACCUUGUUCCUGCGCGCGCUUUAA